GGGAUCGGCAAGUUUACUGUUAAAAAAGCAGCCAGGAGGCCGACAGAGCGGAGCGGAGCUGAUCCGAGAGGAGAGCAGAGUUAGCCGAAUACAUGAGACGGUGUGUCCCGGUGUCGGAAAUUUCCACUCUACACUCUGGGAUUUACAUUUGCAACCAGACAAGUGGCUGCAGGUUGAAGCUGUCUCUUUGCCUUUCUGUGAUACAACGUUAACAGGAGCAGCCGGCUGCAGCCUAGCUGAAGAUGUCUGAUAAUGGGGAGGUCGAGGACAAGCCCCCAGCUCCGCCCAUGAGGAACACUAGCACCAUGAUUGGCUCCAGCAACAAGGAUCCCGCCCCCCUCAACCACGGCUCCAAGCCCCUCCCACCAAACCCAGAAGACAAGAAGAAGAAAGACCGCUCGAUCCGAUUCAUCCUAACCGGAGGAGGCGAUAAGACCUAUAAGAAGAAGGAGCGUCCAGAGAUUUCUCUGCCAUCUGAUUUUGAACACACCAUCCAUGUCGGCUUUGAUGCGGUUACCGGCGAGUUUACUGGCAUGCCGGAGCAGUGGGCCCGGCUCCUGCAGACGUCCAACAUCACCAAGCUGGAGCAGAAGAAGAAUCCUCAGGCCGUCCUCGAUGUUUUAAAGUUCUACGACUCAAAAGAAACGGGCAACAGCCAGAAAUACAUGAGCUUCACAGAUAAAAACACAGACGCCUACAGCUCCUCCACCACAACGAGCUCCAAGGCCGUGUCAGAGACGCCCGCCAUAGCAACUGUAUCUGAAGACGACGACGAAGACGAGGCCGAGCCCCCGCCGGUGAUCGCCCCCCGACCAGAACACACCAAAUCAAUAUACACUCGCUCAGUGAUCGAGCCGCUCCCUCCUCCUCCAACCAAAGAUGCUGCGACCUCCCCCAUCUCUCAGCCAAUGGCUGCCGCCGCAGCCGUCACCCCUGCCCCACCUGCAGAAGGAGCUCCCAGUAGCCCUCCCACUGCCAGCCCCGCCCCUGGGCCUUCUGUGCCCCGCCCCCAGGACAAAACCAGGAAGAAGAAGAUGUCGGACGAGGAGAUCCUGGAGAAACUACGGACGAUCGUAAGUGUGGGAGACCCCAAGAAGAAAUAUACACGCUUUGAGAAAAUUGGACAGGGGGCAUCUGGAACGGUGUACACUGCUAUAGACAUCGCAACAGGACAGGAGGUUGCCAUUAAACAGAUGAACCUGCAGCAGCAGCCAAAGAAGGAACUGAUCAUCAAUGAGAUUCUGGUGAUGAGGGAAAAUAAGAACCCAAACAUAGUCAACUACUUGGACAGUUACCUGGUGGGUGACGAGCUGUGGGUGGUGAUGGAGUACCUGGCCGGAGGUUCGCUGACUGACGUCGUAACAGAAACUUGCAUGGAUGAAGCCCAGAUAGCUGCUGUGUGCAGAGAGUGUCUCCAGGCGUUGGAGUUCCUCCACUCGAACCAGGUCAUCCAUCGAGACAUCAAGAGCGACAACAUCCUGCUGGGCAUGGACGGCUCUGUCAAACUCACUGACUUUGGGUUCUGCGCCCAGAUCACUCCGGAGCAGAGUAAACGCAGCACCAUGGUCGGGACUCCAUACUGGAUGGCUCCAGAAGUCGUGACCCGUAAAGCUUACGGCCCCAAAGUGGACAUCUGGUCCCUGGGCAUCAUGGCCAUAGAGAUGGUGGAGGGGGAGCCGCCUUACCUGAAUGAAAAUCCACUCAGGGCGCUGUAUCUCAUAGCUACCAACGGGACGCCGGAGCUGCAGAACCCGGAGAAACUGUCGACGACAUUCAGAGACUUCCUGAACCGAUGUCUGGAGAUGGACGUGGAGAAGAGAGGGUCGGCUAAAGAGCUACUGCAGCAUCAGUUUCUGAAGAUGGCGAAGCCUCUCUCCAGUCUGACUCCUCUCAUUGUGGCUGCCAAGGAAGCUGCCAAGAACAACCGCUAGCUAGUUUUGCACUCAUUAUCUUGUCUCUCUAUCCCUCUCUCUCUCUUUACCAUCUCUCCAUCCUCUCUCUUCUUCGAUUUCAGUAGAUGGGACGGCAUUGAUGGCUGCUGGCUUCAAAUGCCUACAGUCCUUCCUUUCCCUCCGUUCUUCUUUUUGUCUUUUAUAACCUGAACCAACCCCCAACCCUCACAGGGAGAAAGAAGGGUGGUUUCUUCCUGUAACUUCUUUUUCGACACUCCACUGGACUCAGACAGGAAGCCGGGGGUUAACUGAAUGACGUCAUCAGCCGAGCUGUGAUCAAGUGAAGUCAUCGCUGACAUAACCACCACCUCAGCCAGUAUGAACAACCCAAUAUGAGAGAGAGAGAGUGUUUCAACAGAGCAACAGACUCAUGGGAGUUUUUUAAAAAUACAUUUUGUUUUUCUACCUUGUCUGUAAAAGCCCCGAACCACAACAGCCAACCAGCACCCUCUGCUGCAGACUGUGUGUGUGUGAGCUUCCUGUCAUGCGUCUAUGGGUCUUAGUUCGACUUAUCUUCUGUGUAAAAGUGCAUUUGUUGAUUUUCAUUUUAUCACUCUCUUUUUCUAAAAUAAUUGUGUGUGUGUGUGUGUGUGUGUGUACAUGCGAGUGUGUGGAUUGUGUGUAUGUAUUUUUGGUCAUGGGGGGAUGUUGGCAUAUUAAUUAAGUUGAUUGUAGCGUUACGUUCUGUAGUUUUUGACACGGAGCAGGUGAGGUUUGGUACUUUGUCGUGUCUGCGGUGUGAGCUGUAAGUUAGAGAUUAUUAAUAUUAAUUAUAAUAAGGACAUUAUGGCGUGCUCAGAGCCAUCGAUGGACUAAGUUUGGCUAUAAAUGGUUUUCCUGUUUUCAAAACAGCCAUUUUGACUCCAUGGUAUCUUUCCAGGAGGAAAAGUGAACCAGUGAACUGGACUGUCAUGUGGCAAAGAAAACGUAGUUGUUUACCCAAAAUCCACUCUGCCAAACUCUCUCCAUCUGCAGCUCUGGGUUCUUCACUGUCUGCGGCCUCGAUGCUGAGACUGUGAGGGAGAGAAUGUGCAUGUCAACAACCUUUUUUAUACGGUACGUUUAAGACGGAGAAAAAAUGAUAAUAAAUGAGUUGUGAUAAUGUUGAAAUGUAAAGUGACGAUACAUGAAGGAUGCUUGUGUAUGAUGGGAAAGAUCAUAUCUUAAUCCUAUUUUCAGAAGAAGACGGGGACAAAUAAAUGCUGCAAUGGUGCAAAGCUAUUGGAUCCCCAGUAACCCGCUAAAAAUAAGGUGUAUAUUUUACAUGUAAAAAAAAAAAAAGCUGCGGUGACAAAAAAAAGACGACAACAAUCUGUUUCAUCUUUUGUUUACAGACUUUUUUUAUAGUUGAUCAAUGUCAGAAAAUGAGUUCAACACCUGUUUGGAUUUUUUUCCGCUGAAUUAAAUCAACAGGUUUUCUCGUCUGCAAAAAAAACAACUGACGGGUCACAGGUUCAAAUCCCGCAAGAGCUAAAGUCUCCAUCAGCUGCCACGGUUGUUCGCUCUGCAUUUGAGCGUCAGAUAAAGAAAACACCUGCAAUGUAAAUACCCACCAAACAUCCAUUCAAAACUCUCACUUUGGUUCCUUCUUACUUGUUUUUAUUGUUUUUUUUAAUCUAGUGUUGGUGUACCUCUGGCCUUAAACUGUUUCAAAGGUGCAAGACUACUUUAGUACCAGUCUGAUGGCAACGAUACACCGGCAACAUUUUUAGGCAACAGUGAAAAUUGUCAACAACCGUGCUGCAAUUACUUUGAUUAAUCUUUGUUAAUCGAUUCAUCUUUAAAUUUGUAAAAAAAAAUCAAAACAUUUUGAAAACCUGUUCAUCACAAUAUCCCAGAGCCCAAGGUUAUUUCUUCAAAUGUCUUGUUCUGUGCAACCAACCCUUUCAAAACGCAAAAAUAUGUGGUUAACAGUGAUAAAAUCAAAUGAUAAAAGCAGAGUGAUUGGCAUGUUUGUUUCAAAAAGUAAAUAAUUAAUCGAUUAUCAAAGAAUUUGCAGAUUCAUUUUCUAAUCAGCUGAUAAUUGCAGCACUGUAACAGGGAGAGGGUUCGCUUAAAUCACAUGGUUAUGAUCAUCAUUGUGGUCACAGAUUUGAACUCUGCAGCACCCAGUGUGAACAGUGCCUACUGAAGUGCCUUUGAGCAAGGCACUAAAGCGCACGGCUGCUUACACUGGCUGCAGUACAGAGGGUGAAAACACUAAACAUGUAUACACUGCCUGAAACUGUUGCCACUGUUGGAGUUUGUGUAUCCUGGUCUGAACACUGUUACUAGUAGUGACUAUUCUGUUUGAAUUUCUCUUGAGACCAGGAUGGUCUGAACCAGGUGAACUCUGUGUGUAGGUUAAAGUUUAGGUGUCAAUAAAUACUCCUCAAAAGAGAAAGUAACACUAACAAUCAGAGACGUAAGAGCUGUCUGUCAAUGAAAAACUACAGGAAUGCUACUUUAAAUGACCCUUUAAAUGUUGGGUCACUUUUCCCAUGUAAUGGUGUUUUGAUGGGAUUGUAUUAAUGUUGUCUACCUACCAAGAUGGAUCGGACCAAACAAUAUUUAAGAUUAAUUCUCCAGUUAGUUUAAUCUGCUGCGGUGUACCAGAUGGGAUGAGUUUCACAAUGUUAUGUUGGAUAAAUUGCAUAAGUAGUUUUACAUUUUAGGAAACAUCAUAGAAUUAUCAUAAAACACGUGGGAGUCAUUUCAUUAGCACUGAUGGAAAACAAGAUAAAUAGAUGUCCUAAUUCAAUCCAUACGGUUCCGUUGUGUUCAGUCGUAUAAAUCCGGUAGCUUUCCUUCGUAAGAGCUUGUUUACAGCGUCCCCUCUCCCAGUGGACAAGGAAAUCUUUUUAAUACCCCAGAGUUUCAGGCUAGAGGCCAAUCCAUGAUUAGCAGUCACAUAAUGACGAACAAUCGCUCAAGAUUCUUAGUGCGAAAAGCCGUCUUAUAUAGCAAUCCUCAGUUUUAGAGCUCGUUUAGUUUGGCCGACAUACAACAGAACAGGUACCUUUCACUAUAUAGUGAGGUUCAUAAAAGACUGGAAGUUUCUUUCACCUUUUUAGCUGCAAGAUUUCUGCUCCAUCUGCAAAAUUUCACUGAAAAAGAGUUGGUGGUUGCUCCUAUGUAGGAGGGGUGGGGGCCAUUUGUCCGUUGUCCGCUGAUCAUCCUUUGCGACCAUUUUAUACCUGCCAAGAGAAACUACUGUUCCCGAAAUAAGAUAAAAACCAUAACAUUCAGCCUUGAUAAAUCGGCCUCUGUAGGAAACAAACAAACAGACUGAUGCUGACUCUUACAAAUACUGCUGGACCUUAGAACAAGUAGAAUUAAUUAAUUUGGUAAAGACUUAUUUUACCGAAGAAGUGACCAUCACCAAGCAGGACACAGUUCUCUUAUCAGCUUAUAGGGGAUUCAGGUCUAAAUAAGGGUUCAGUCCAGGAUGAGACGGUCAAUGCAGGCUUAACUGCCCAGUGUAUCAGAGCCAUAAUUUAUCUGUUUAUAUAUAAUUUUGAUGAUUUGACACAACUCUGAAAAAUGAAAAAAAUAAAACUGUACAAAAACUG